UGGUCACACUUUAAUAAUAAAUGUUUAAAAAAAAAUAUAGAACUUUUGUUAUGGUCAAGUCUUCAUAUUUAUUAGUUAUCAUCCUUGAAUGUUCCUUAAAUUAUUCCAUUUUCUGCUCACAAAUACUCCUAAAAAAUGCGAUUUGACACUAUACUAUUAAAUAUGUUAAUACACAGGAACAUGCACUGAAUUAAUAUAAAUCGAAAUUGUUUUCAGUGCGAGCAUCGUGCUUGUGGGGAUUUUGCCUAGAGGCGGGAACAUGUUUCCUGGAGGCUCGAUUCCGGCGAGCGUUCUGGAUGCAUUUAACCAGGAUGCGACCUCGGUGAACAAGAUGCUGGCCAGAGUGGCAGCCAAACUGCCAUGGCUGUACUUUCUGGAAGUGCCAGGCUUCUGUAGGGCACAUGGUAUCGUCCGGGAAAUGCUGAGUAGAGACGGGCUGCAUCUCAGCAUUAGGGGAACUGCAGCAGUUGUAUCGUGCUUGGAGCGAACAGUGAGCAGCCAGAGCUCCAGCGCCUGCACCAGCUGCAGUUCCAGCACCUGCCAGAGAUUCAUAGCCUGCCAGAACUUCAGCGCCUGCCAGAGAUUCAGCGCCUGCCACUGCUCAAGCGCCUGCCAGAACUUCAGCGCCUGCCAGAACUUCAGCGCCUGCCAGAGCUUCAGCGCCUGCCAGAGAUUCAGCGCCUGCCAGAACUUCAGCGCCUGCCAGAACUUCAGCGCCUGCCAGAGCUUCAGCGCCUGCCAGACCUUCAGCGCCUGCCACUGCUCAAGCGCCUGCCAGAACUUCAGCGCCUGCCACUGCUCAAGCGCCUGCCAGAACUUCAGCGCCUGCCACUGCUCAAGCGCCUGCCAGAACUUCAGCGCCUGCCACUGCUCAAGCGCCUGCCAGAACUUCAGCGCCUGCCAGAACUUCAGCGCCUGCCAGAACUUCAGCCCCUGCCACUGCUCAAGCGCCUGCCAGAGCUUCAGCGCCUGCCAGAGCUUCAGCGCCUGCCAGAGCUUCAGCGCCUGCCAGAGCUUAAGCGCCUGCCAGAGCUUCAGCGCCUGCCACUGCUCAAGCGCCUGUCACAGCCCGACUCUACAGCGACGUGGUCAGAGAUUGCAUUGUUUAUAUUGUGAUUAUAUUGGCUUGUGCUUUUGUUAUUGCUUUUUGUUGUUUGCUAUUUUGUUUUUUUCACUUUUAUUGUUGUUGCUGUGCAGUCCGCACAGGCUAAUUUGGGACGACACUUUCCGCUUGUAUGGUAUAUUCUGUUUAAACGAAGUCUCUUCUUAGCGGAAAUUCAGUUUGGGCGGAGAGUGUCGACUCUAAUUAGCCUGCGCAGACUGCACAGUUCUAAGAAAUUGAAUUGUUUAUAUUGUGAUUAUAUUGGCUUAUGCUUUUGUUGUUUGCUAUUUUGUUUUUUCACUUUUAUUGUUGUUGCUGUGCAGUCCGCACAGGCUUAUUUGGGACGACACUUUCCGCUUGCAUGGUAUAUUCUGUUUACACGAAGUCUCUUCUUAGCGGAAAUCC